AUGCUCUCCUUCUGCUCUGCAUUUGGUUUCCAUGGAAACCUUCCAGAGGAUCCUGACAAAAAUCUAACUUUUACGGAGAUAAGGAAUCACACUUUGGUUAAAGAAUUCAUCCUGUUGGGCAUCCCUCGAACCCAGGGGCAGGAAGUUGUGCUCUUUGUGGUGUUCUUAAUCUUCUACGUCCGCACUCUGCUAGGAAAUCUGCUUAUCCUGCUAGCUGUGGUGUCUGAUUCCCGCCUCCACACUCCUAUGUAUUUCUUUCUUUGUAACCUCUCUGUGCUGGACAUUGGUUUCUCUUCUGUGAGCACCCCAAAGAUGUUGGCCAACCUGCUGGUGAAGAGCCGGGUCGUCUCCCUGGGUGGCUGCGUGUCCCAGGUCUUCUUUUACCACUGCCUGGGCUGCACGGAUCUGCUCUACACGGUGAUGGCGUAUGACUGAUUUGCUGUGAUCUGCAACCCGCUGCGUUAUGCCAUCAUCAUGAACCGUCGGGCGUGUGCCCUGCUGGUGGCUGGUGCCUGGGCUAUUAGCUCUUUCCAUGCCACAAGUCUCACUACACUGACCUUCCAAUUGUCAUACCGUGGGUCUAAUGAGAUAGGUUAUUUCUUCUGCGACAUCUUUCCUGUUGUCAAAUUGGCCUGUAGUAACACACUCAUCAUUGAGAUGGUAAGCCUCACCAACAUUGGCCUCGAGCCCAGGAUCUGUUUCCUCUACAUGCGCAUCGUCACUGCAGUGGUAAAGAUCCACGCGGCUGAGGGGUGGCACAAGGCAGCGUCUACCUGUGUCUCCCACCUCUCUGUGGUCACUCUGUUCUUCGGGCCCUGUGCUCUUGUCUAUACCCAGCCGUCUUUGAGUAAGGUGCUGGUCACUCCAGUGCAGAUCUUUGCAAGUGUAAUCUCCCCCAUGCUGAACCCCACAAUCUACACUUAG